AUGGUACAAGACUGGUCUCGGGAGGCGUUACCUCCGCGUCAAUCAUGGUCGGCUCAUCAAGGCCGGGAGGCCUUGCAGAGGCGAUACCCCGAGGCGCCGGAAGGUAACCGAUGCAUGUCCAUCGAGAAUGCGCUCAGUACACAUUGUGGUAUCUCGAGCAAGGUGUACUUCCUUGCGGUCAUGAAGGAUGAUGGAACUGUUUCCACAUUCAGCACUCCUGGACGCAACUUGGAUGCUAUGGAAGCUGAGUUUUUCAAUCGGCAAAGAUACCAGCAACUCAGUAACAACUUUGAGCUUGAUACCCAAUUGACCAUGCCAGUGCCCGAGGGGAACGCUUACUCGCGUUCUGGUUACGCCACUGCUCGAUAUCCCCCCAGUCGCUCACGUCUCACUGGACCCGACGAUGAUCACUCGCGGCCCACAAAGCGACCACGUGCUGUGCCUCGUCCGCCCCCGGAACCUGAAGAGGAGGAACAGAUGAUGCGCAGGCGGCGUAUACAGAUUCAAAAUUCCGACGAGCUUUGGAAAUUCUACGAGGAAAGGUUCAAGAACUCCCAGCAGUCUGCAUGCAAGCUUAUUGCCAAGGCCUGGAUCAAGGCGGUAGAGCCCAAGAAGCAGUCAACCCACCCUUACACAGGAUCCGACGAGAAGGCACCUAGUUGGUGGCCCAAGCCAUGGGGUAGCGAGAAGGAACACAAGGUCCGGCACAAAGAACCCGACCAUUUGUACAAGCGAGAGCCACCCGAGAAACAGCAUCCUGGACUCCAAAAGCUGCAGCUGGACGUCAAGAAACUAGAGGAAUGCACAAACGAGGCAUUGUCCGGGUUUUAUGCCGAAAAUGCCACCAAUGCCAGCAAAAAAUCGUAUAUCAAUGAGAUCUUCAAGGUCGCCAAGCAGCAGGAAAGGUACAAGGCCGGCGCGAUUGAUGGCCACACCGAAGUCUACGUGUUGUGCACAAGCGAUCGUUACGGAGACCAGGCUUCGGAGAAUGACAACAGUUCCAUUCCCUUUGCGAGAGAAGAUGACGACGGCAAACCACUGGACUCGACGCGGGUCACUGCAGCCCAACCCUACCUGCAGACGUCGACUGCUGGACCAAGCCCCUCUACGGCUGUAAUGCCUCCGGGCGGGCAGAUGCUUCAUGAGCUACCGAUGCGGAACUCGCACCAGGUUCCGCCGCAUAAUAGCAUGCAUGCUGAUGCUGGCCCGGGUGUGGGUCACUCUCUGAUGGAUGGCAGCGUGGCAGUGAACGGGCCGACAAACUUGGGGCCGCCAGCGUCGGCCAUCAAUGUCAACAUGAUACCGAGCGGCCACGAUGCCUCUCGGAGAUCUUCAGUCUACGGAGACUAUGGGAAUGGCUUGUAUCAGCAACACUGGCAGUCCUUCACCACGAGCGCCGAGGGACAGCCCAUGUACUAUGCCCACCAUGCUAACCCAGGCGCCGCUCAGGGCUUUUCUCAGCAGCUACCCGUGGCUCAGCCGCACCCUUACGUCGCAAACUCAUUCGACUCAAUGUCCCGCGCCGGAUAUGACGGAGCAACCCCGCACGCAGGCUACAAGUACGAGCCCAACGAUGGUCGGGGCAUGCAGGCACUUCCAGGGGUCUCGGAGGUGAUAGACUCGGUGCCACGUGAGCACCUGUGA